AUGGUGACGGCAGGUGCCCUAUCGGAAUGUCAGGGUAGCGAGGUGACUGGAUCCUGGGGAUGUUGUUUACACUUCUUGGAAAAAUUGGAAGUGGAGAAGGAAAGUGCGUUGAUCAAUUCGCAUCACAGCAGCGCUGUUUCUGAUCUCACCCAGCUGUGGCAGAGCACUUCCCCUGUGCGUCUUCAUGGCAUUCUGAGUGCUACACUUCUUCUCCGUUACCUCUACCAUACCGGAGGAUUGAACGCUGGCCUCUUCAAACUUCCUGCUGAACAGACCUCAAAAUCCUCUUCCAUGGAAAUCAUCUGGUUCCACUCCUCAGCAUUUCCAGUGUGA